UUAGAGUGCCCCUGUUGCGGACAGUCUAACAUCUCUCUCGUGCCUCCGCCUCGAGCCCUAGCCGCACCCGCGCCGCCGCCGCCCCGCUCCUCGUCGCCGCAGACGCCUCCACCCCUCCGCCGCGAUGACGAAGCGCACCAAGAAGGCUCACAUCGUUGGCAAAUAUGGAACUAGGUAUGGUGCUAGCUUGCGUAAGCAAAUCAAGAAGAUGGAGGUAUCUCAGCAUUCCGAGUACUUCUGCGAGUUCUGCGGAAAGUUUGCUGUGAAGAGGAAAGCAGUUGGAAUCUGGGGAUGCAAGGACUGUGGGAAGUUCAAGGCUGGUGGUGCUUACACCAUGAACACUGCCAGUGCAGUCACGGUCAGGAGCACAAUCCGGCGCUUGAGAGAGCAGACUGAAGCAUGAUGGGAGCUCUUCUCUGCAGUAGUCCUGGGCUUUUUGUAGUGCCUUGAAUCACUAUAUGGCUGUUUGGCCUAAGAACAUCCUUCAAUAUUCUGGUUAUGCCUAAGGAUAUCUAAAAUUAUGGUGCUAAAAUUUGUACUUGGUUGCUGUUGCAAAGUUGACCUGUCUUGAUCAUAUGCUUCCGAUCAUGAUGAGGAAUUCCCUCGUUAUUACACUCAUCUCCGGUUUGCUA